AUGAAGGAAAUCAAACCUAAACUGUUAUUUUCAUUACAGACCAUUGAAUCACUUUGUAAAGCUGGACUAUGUGUUCAUCCCCAGACACUUCACAAUAAACUGACAAGUUGGCAGGAUAAGUUGGAUGAAGAUCAAAAUCCUAAAGGUAUAAUAAAAUGGACCAACAAGGAAGAGGUUGCCAAAAAAUUCCAGUUGGUGGGUGACAAUUGGGACAAGGACAUUCUCCCUUCUUAUCGAACCAGUGAGAGAAAAACAGAGAGUCUCCAUUUGUUCCAAAUCUAUGCCAUUGUUGACAGGUACACCACCACCAGUCCAGCGGGGUCAAAUGGAUACGAAGAAAACCUCACAUACAUCCCCUCUGUCCUCGAACAAACACAGUUAUUGAAGGAACUAACAUUUAUUUUUGCUUCAGCCAUUAUUAGACAUGUUCCCCAAGUGUCAAAGCACUUUGAGACUAUUUUCCCAAAGCACUUGGAUCAUGAACAUUCAGCUUUUGCAGGACUAAAAACAACACAAUAUUCUUUGGGACUCUUUGAUACGAAUGAAAAUAAAACGGACGAAGUGAUUCGGCUCCUUAGACAUCUUACCGACCUGUAUGUCCCAUUAGAGAAUGAAGAGGUUGUUGAUGCUGUUUUCUUUGGAGGGGAUCGUCUCACUGAUGAGAGAAUACAGUGUGCACAGGUUGCACUCAAGGAUUCACUGACAUCAAAAGGACGGCUAGAGGGAUUCAUUUCAAAAUCAGAAGACUUUCACAGAUUGAUGAAUUUUCUCGAAGCCAUUUAUAAGCUUACAUACAGCACUGGCAUGGCAGGUGACCCAUGUACUGCCCACUAUUACAGGAACCUUUUGGGCCAUAGAAGUGCUAAAGGGCCAGUAAAGAAUGCAUACAGAGGAUACAAGAUGCUUUAUUAUACUAUUCUUGAUGCCAUCUGUGUAGUGCUCUUUAUGGACAAGCUGGGGUCAGUAGACAUGAAUGAUCUUCCACUUCCAGAUUUUUCACAAAUGACACCCAAUGACAGCAUUCAGUGGUUGAAUAACGUGUGUAGGGAGCUGGUGGAAAAAUGGUUCUUUGAAGAUGGUCAAGAUAUUUGUGAGGAAAUAAGGAGUGUUCUAGAAAAUCCUCAGCAUGAGGAAAACUACUGGACUUCGACAUUAGAAAAUGGUCGUUUUAAAUGUCAUCAUUGUGAAAAGGACUAUAAAAGAGUAAGUUCUUUAAAAGCUCACGAGUCUAGAUUUCAUGACAUCUCUUUGAGUAAGACAAAGAAAAAGAAAGAAUGCAGCAAUGAAGAAUUGCAUGAUUAUGUGUUGAUGCUUUUUAAACUUGUUAUGCUCCAUCGAAAUUUUGACAGUGCAGUAGAUAUGGGGGAUGGUGGAAGAUGCGUACGAUCUGCAAAGUAUGAGCUUCCAAUUUACCACAAAACAAAUAAAAUCAAAUAUUCCAUUUGCUCCAUUCAUACUACGGCAUUGUCCUCAGGACUUCUUAACGCUGACCAGGAGGAACGAUUCAUAGCAAACAGAUUUGUGAAUAUCCAAGGUGGCAAGAAUAACAACAUUGCUUUGGAUGAGUACAUUGAAAUGCUUAACAGAGACAGCAAGGUCUCUUGUACUGGGCACAAAACUAAGGAAAGUAUACUGAAACAUUCGAAAGAGUAUCCUUUGCUCAUACAAUUCACAAAACAGUUCGAAGAGGCAGGUGAAUUUGGCCAAAGGAAAGGAUUUCAUCAUCUUCCUUCCUAUGCAACUGAUGUUGAGAAAGUUAUAAAGGAUUUACUGGAGAAUAACAUUUUACAGAAAAAUGAAAACAGGAAGGUAAAAGUAAAAACAACUGGUUUAGACAGGAAUCCAUUUUCAAAUUGUUCUCAAGGCUUGUCAACCAUACUGCAUCGCCAUAGACCAUGGUCACCAUAUGGAAGACUAAGAGACUGUAAAUUUUGA